AUGAGACUUAAUCGCUCUGAUUACAUGGUGCAUUUGAAUGUGAAUGCGCCUCGAGAAGAUCACUUGUCCAAUCUACCGUCAUUUUGUGCAAGUGUACGACUUAAUAAUGAAUCACAAAACCUUGCAAAGUCCACACUAAUUGAACACUCUUUGAAAGCUUACAAUGUUUCUGGCAUGUCAUUGAAACAAGUUGAAUUCAAUAUGAUGGCCUCUAGUUUUGGUGGAAUGAUGCAGAGACUUAGCCGCCAACACAAGACUUUGCUAUCUAUUUUCGGCAUUGCAACAUCACCUAGUGAAUUGCCGAGCUGUCAGCCGUCUUCUGGUUUUGCCCAAGCACUCUUAAAGGCCUAUUCCCUAUACAUUUCUGAUUUACCUGCUGAUUAUCUCUGCCAAGUGGCUUCUGCCCCAGCCAUACUUUUUAUUGUAUCUGAUGAUGAAUCAAACAUAUAUGAUCAAUUAGAUUUGAUUGAUGCUGUUGAACAAGAGGCACAAAAGCGCGAUGGAGCUCACAUAGCGUUAAUAUACUUUCGCCACGGAUACUCCCCUGAUCACUUUCCUGACGAGCAGAUAUGGGAGAUUAAAUGGGAUCUUGAAAGUUCUCGAGCAAUUAAAUGUCCCUGUAUACAAUACAUGCUGGCAAACACGAAGUUGAUACAAGCUGCAUUGGCAAGUCCUAGAGUAAUCGAGGACUUGCUGACUGGGUCUAGUUUGACCUGUCUCACUACAAUAGCGUCUAUCUCUCCGGCUCAAUAUACUUCACCUUCCAAUAAUCUUCAAACUCAGCUUCAGCCUGAAAAUACGUUUACUCAGAUUGCUCGUCGUUGUCGACUCACCUUUGCUCGCCAGUUGGCUCUUAGCCCUGAUUUGAACCUCUCUUCUCAGGAAGACAUUGAUCAACUAGUCCGCGAAGCGCUAUCUGAUCCGGAUAAGUUUGUUCUUAAACCCCAACGAGAGGGAGGAGGAAACAACUACUUUGGAGGUUGGUAA